CGUCAGGUCGUCCGUACGUCUCCAAACAUCCGGUUAUGGUUUCAACGUUUCGGCGAACUGAAAAAUAUUGAGAUAUCCCUAUGGAGACUGAAGCAGCUCAGCCAGACGAGGGGCCCAAUGCGGCUGCUCCGGCCCGAACGAAAAAGCCCACCAUGGAAAUCUACGUGCCCAAGAAACAGGCCGAGAAAAUGGAGAAGCCUCAGACAGAUGGUGACAAGAAAUCCAGACCCAGGCCCCGGUACACUGACAAGGCCCGCAAGAACAAGAAGGAUAAAGCCAAAGCGACAGAUACUCCAAACGGAGAGGUAAAGCAGGAAGACGGGGGGCGGGAGGAGGGAGAUAAAGAAAACCUAAACAUGCACACAGAAAAAGAGGAGGAGUCUAGAGAUGAUACGGACAAUGUAUCCAGAACUAUGAACACACCAGAGGACACGGGGAGCGCACUAGAACAUGAUGGGGUGCCAGAGAAGGAGGAUGAAGGGGAGAACUGGGAUUCUUUGUUUAAUGAUGAUGGUGACUGUCUUGACCCACAUUUAGUGGAGGAGAUGUCUCUUACGGAGGGCCGCAAGAAGUCAUCUAUACAGGAGGCGCGCUUCGACAACUAUAAUUGGAUGCCGGAGGAGGAAGAGGAGGUGGAGCUUCGGGACGAUGAGCUGUCACACAUCGUGGAGAUUUACGAUUUCCUGCCUGAGUUCAAGACGGAGGACUUGAUCAGAUCCUUCAGCUCGUUCCAGCAGAAGGGGUUUGACAUCAAGUGGAUUGAUGACAUGCAUGUCCUCGGUUUGUUCUCCAGUCCCAUCGCAGCUCGUGAUGCUCUGAGGAUGAAGAACCCCAUGAUGAAGGUCAGGCCUCUCUCCAAAUCAUCAAACGCCACUAAAGCCAAAGCACGCAGCUGCUCCGAUUAUCUGCUGCCGGCUAAAGAGCGUCCUCAGACGAGUGCGGCUCUGGCACGCCGCCUGGUGAUCGGGGCUCUGGGUGUGAAGAGUAAUCAGACCAGAGAAGAGCGAGAGGCCGAGAGGAACAAACUACGGCAGGCAAAAGAACAAAAGUGUUUGGCUGCUAAGCAGCGUGAAGAUGCCUGGGAGGGCAAAUGAAGACACAGGUUUGCGUUUAUGUGAACUAUGAAGUGUUUUGAUUUGAUCAUCAGUUCAUGCCUGAAGGGGUUUAUCUGUGGGUUUGGGGUCUGAAGGGUUCAUAUCUCACAUCCCCCUCCAGCAGGACUACUGCCAAACCAGCACAGAUUGAACCGAAGCCACAACAACAGGGAAACGGGUUCAUCGAAUCAAAGUGUGAGAGCCACACAAACGCCAACAGGGACGUUUUGUAAUUUUAUAUCUCUCUUCUUGAGAUUUGUUUUGAAUUAUGAACUUUGCCCUGUAAAUGUUUAUGAUUGUUUUCAGUUUUGGAAAGGCCAUUUUAAUGUAUUUUGGUUAAAGAAUGUUUUUCUCUUUAGUGAGUAAAACUAGAUCACAUGUCAGUGUGAUUUCACUUUCCUUAGUUUGGUUUUCAUUUUUUAUUUCAGUAAAGAGAAAAGUCUGAUGAUGUCUUUCAUGCCAUUUUUAAUUUAUACAUUUUUUAAAUGAGUGAAUUAUAAAAUCUGUCAGCUCAAAAUAAAAAGGAAAUAGGAAAGAUGUUUUUUGUUUUAAAUUAGGUCAAGCAUCAUGGUAGUACUUGUAAAUUGCAGAUUUUAAUUAAAAGUUUAAUUACAGUGACUAUUCUGUAAAUCGUAAUUGAAUUACAAAAAAAAAGAGUUUGUAAGAAUGAGGUGAGACUAAAGUCCAUUGUGAGUAUUCUAUUUAAUGCCAGUCAAGUCUUUUGCAAACCAUCAGCACAUUCUAACAGAACUUUUUUUUUUUGUAUGCGUUUUCAUUAUUACUGCAAAUAUUGUGCUGUUAGCGUUUAUCUCCAAAAGAUUUUGUUCAGGCACUAAACUGACAGACACACACUCAAGUGUCUGUUGUUCUCUGAUGUUCUUGCACUUGAAUUCCCAGCUGUGAUCUGAAUAAUGUUGAAAUCUUUCUCUAGAAUAUCAUUCAUGUAUUUGCCAGAGUUUUUCUUUAUUAUUUGUUGUUAAACAGCACAGUCCAUUAAACGCAAGGUACUUCUGCGCCUCACAGCCUCGUUUUCAUUCCUAUCAGAAAUUAAAUAACUACCCUGACUAAAAGCUAUAGUUAUCGUUCUUGUAAUGAACCUUUCUAAAGUAACGUUACAGAAAAACUAACCUGAUUAACUGCCAGUAAUUACAGGUCUAAUAGUCUGAACUUAAAACGGAUGCCUAAACCAGGACUGGUCGAAAACAACAAAAAAAAGCCAUUUAAGCACAUCUUCCAUUCAAAUCCAUCUUAUUUCAACAUUUUUAUUAUUUUGGCAUUGAAAUGCAGAGAAUAAGUGAAUUAGAUAAAAUGGAAAAUUACAAAAAACGAAAAAAUGUAGAUAUUGUAAUAUUUACUUUCUUCCCACAACCAUUAAUCAAGUUCUUUUUGGCCUUUUAUAGUAAAAUGUUUGGGCGGCUCUUCUAGUCACCAACCAGAAGAAUGAUCAAAAGUAACGCUAAUGAUUGUAUUUCAAAAAACACUAUCAGACUGAACAGCGGUCAUGUGAUCGGACAAGGAUUUUGUAAUGUUUAUUUUGUAUAUUUUAAAAACAAGCAGUAAAAAAAAAAAAAAAAAAAAACAUACAAUUUAUAUAUUUAUAACAUCAUGGCUUCAAGUAACUUGGGGUGGGAAGAAACAAAACAGAACAGAAACCCUCAUUUCACAGAGUGAGGAGCAACACACACGGCUUGAGUUUCAGUACCAGAACACACUCUCGCGCACACAGGACACACAGACUGAAACCCCAUUUGAUAAUCACAGGAGAAAAAAAUCAC